AUGGUCAUCAAGGCUCACAUCAAGAAGUUGAAGCCUUAUAAGCCUCCGCUUGAGGGCCGGAACCCCCACAAGUAUGUCCUUCUCGAUUUCAACGAGCGCACAAUGGAGGUGCCCGACUUUGUGAAGACCGCGCUGAAGGACUUCAUUGACAACGGGGGCCUGCAGAAGUAUCCCUCCUACGGAAACCUGCAGGGUGACAUCGCCGCCUACUGCGGGGUCAAGACCGAGGAGGUCAUGUUCACAAACGGCUCGGAUCAGGGCAUAGACUUGGUCAUGCGCUGCUGUUGCGAGAAGGGCUCCGAGGUGAUCAUUCCAUCCCCCACCUUUGCCAUGUACGAGCAGGCGGCGGAGAGCGAGGGCUUGGUCAUCCGCCGCCCGCACUUCUCCAAGGAGAAAGGCUUCCCCUUGGAGGAAGUGCUGGCCAUGGUGAGCCCGAAGACCUCGCUGAUCGUGCUCAGCAAUCCCAACAACCCCACGGGCACCGAGAUCCCCAGAGAGGCCAUCAUGCGGGUCGUGAAGGAGGUCACCUGCGCGGUCCUGGUGGACGAGUGCUACUUUGAGUUCAUGGACCCGGCGACCACGGUGGCCAAGGAGGUGGGCAACUUUUCGAACCUCUUCGUGUGCCGCACCUUCUCAAAGACCUGGGGCAUCCCCUCCCUGCGCCUGGGGUACCUCAUGUCGGCUGCGGCCAACAUCGAUGCGGUGACCUGCGUGCGGGGGCCCUAUGACAUCAACCAGCUGGCAGUUGUGGGCAUCCAGGCGGCCAUGAAAGAUUCCUCCUACGUCUACGAGUACGUGAAGGAGGUGAUGGAAAGGUCCAAGCCGAUGUUCGAGAAGUUCUUGGAGAAGCGGGGCAUCGGCUAUUGGCCCACCGUGGCCAACUUCAUCUUCUGCUACUUCCCAGAUCCCCCGCGCCUGGAGGCCGCGCUGCGCGAGAGGGGCAUCCUGGUCAGGCCCAAGAAGGAUGCCAACGACGUGGUGGGGCUCCGAGUGAGCUUCGGCACGGAGGAGCAGAUGAAAAGGGUCAUCUCGGCUCUGGAGGAGCGCGAGGUGGAGCUGGCGGAGACUCUGCGGAAGGCGCGGCUGACCCAGGGGAACCUCCGAGGCGCGCGCCAAACCCGGGCCACGGAGCGCUGUGGAUGUGGCUUACAUCCCACGUUGGCAAUGGCGCUUCAAGAAGUGACCGAUGGGCGCCUGCUCGCCCUGAUGCUGUCAAGGCGCAAAGCCUUGUGGCGAGGCUCCCGCUCAGUGGGUGACGCCACUCUUCGACCUCGGCAAGAGGGCGAGCUGUCGCCGUUGUCCAGCGUGCACCGGGCACGGGCUUGUUCUGUGAAGGGGCACCACUACCGGAACUGGACCUUGACCAGCACCGGGCUGUGGCGCGACCUGCCGCUCUACACGCCCUGGGGCCUGCUUGAGAGCGUGCAUCAGCCAAGUGUCAACUGCGCAGUCGGAGUAUCCAGAUCUCAAGCUGAGACGCCCAGAGGGCCCGCUAGAGAGCUGGAGGCCCCGUACAGCUAUGUGGAGCCUACGGAGCAGCUGUCCCCGCGAACACCCAGGCCGAACUCGGCACGCGACCACUACCAAAAGGCCAUGUGCGCUCGCAACCCGCUGAGCGAUGGGGCAGAUCCUCAAGGCGAGGCUGCGAGGACGCCUCGCCCGCGCGGUGCCAGUAGCCCCUCGCAAGGCUCCAACGCAGGCACCGCAAGAGCGCGCACCAUCAGUGGCCGGAGGUCGGAGAACCACCCCUGGCACAAGGAGGAGGCGGCUGUCCUGCAGACCCCCCGGUCCCCAGCGGACAGCUUGAAGGAGGGCAACAUGCCGGCAGGCAUGCACGCCAGAUACGGCGCAGUUGCUGCGGCACUGGAGCACACAGCCUUGCAGGCUGCCGGCUGCGACAUUCCCAUGGAAGCUCUUCCUGUUGCGACCCGAUGGUCUGACGAUGUGCUCCAUGGAAUCGAAGGGAGCCGGGUGACGCCGCGCAAGGUUUGCCCCUCAAGGCGGCCACCAUGUGAACGGCAGGAUGUUCGGCAAAGCCGAGAGCAAUCCAGAGGGUCAGCCGGGGGUUCCGCGCGUGGAAGGCCGAAGUCGAAGGCCAAGCCUUCGUCUGCGAUGCCUGGAUAUGGCCGCACGGUGGAGCUGGCGGGUCUUAGGCGCGCGCAAGCGGCCAGCUCUACCUUCAGUGGCCGGUACGUAGAGGCCAGGAGCAAAAACCGCUGGCAGCACUGA